UUUGAUCCCGCUCCGUACAACAGCUCGUCGACGGCGAUGACGAGGGGGACCGUUGUAGUGGGGGAAACGAAUGGACCGUGUUUGACUAUAUCCAUCCGUGCUGGAGGCCUAGCCACCAACUCCAGCUACUCGCACGAUGGCUCCGGGGAAACGUGCCAGCCUUACGAACCUGCCGUGGAAAUAUCAGGCUACGAGAAAGUGCCUUCCAACAACGAUACGACCCUGAUGGAGGUCGUUGCACGUCAAUCGGUGUCGGCCAACAUCGACUCCGACUGCACCGAGUUUUGGGAUUACACGAGCGAUGUGCUUGCGGUUGAUCAGGGGAACAUCUUAUUAUAA